GUCAAGAUUUUCAAAAAAAAAUAUCCGUUGCACCUUCAUUUAUUGCUCCAACAGUCAUAUUUUUUGAAAUUUUGGACGUUGGAGGCCUCCUUUUCUAUAAAUUGGAGCCUCCACUCCUCAUUUUUACACACACAAACACAAAUUCUCUCCAUUCUUCAUGCAUAUCUCACUCUACUUACAAUUUUUUCUUCUUUCUUAAUCAUGGGCAAGGACAAGAGCAGGGCCGCCACCUCCGGGAAAUCAAAGUCCAAAUCCCGGGUGCCUACGUCAUCCUCCGAGGAGCGUCUCUACUAUGGCGACGGGUCAUACCUUUGGUUUGAUUCCGAGGAGGAGCGCACCCGUUUUCUCACCUUCUUCUCCAAACGAGUUGUGGCUCCCCCACGAAUCAUCCCGGAACGUUACCCGGAGUUGCAGGGCUACGACGACCUUGACGCGCAGCUUCAUCAAGCCGGCCUUUGGCCGUUCGUCUCCCGGUCACGAAAGGAGAUCAACCCGGCGCUGAUCCGGGCCUUCUACUCCAACCUCCAGCGUGAGGACGACGUGCUCUACUCGCUCGUCAAGAGCACGCCGAUCGAGCUCACCGUGGAGCAGCUUGGGUGCAUCGCCGGCCUCCCCUUCCAAGGCGACGAUGUGUCUCACUAUGGUGGAGAGGAUUGGGUGCUCAACAACGAGGGCCUUAUCCUCAACGAGCUUGACAUCACCGAGCUCAAACGCCAUGCCUCGGGCCGCCCAACCAUCCACUCUGCCAACCCCGAAGGCCGCCUCGUCCUCUACAUCUUAGUCAUGAUCAACAUGACGAUCGCCGCGUCCACCGACCACGAUCACCUCCUCCCGUACCCGUUUUUGGUGAUGGACAUUCUUGAACGGUUCAAGGUAACCACCACCGUUGGCCCGCUCACGAAGGCCACGAAGAUUUGGACAAUAAGCAACCAAACCUUCAUCAAGCGGUCGGACAACGCCGCGGCUGCCACUGCCGAGCCACGCCGCACUGCCCCUGCCGCUGGCCCAACCGAACCCCAGGCCCGGGCCAACCUUGCCUCCAUCGCCGACUCCCUCAACCGGCUCCACCUCAAAGUUGACGGGAUGGGUGGCUACCUUGAACGGCUCGACGUAGCUGUUCAACGCCAAGGGUACGCCAUGAACGCGUACUUCCAAGGCAUCAACUACGUCCCCCCACCGUACCACGGCACGUUCCUUGGGCAAGUGUACGGUGACGAGGACGAAGCCGAUGACUCCUACGCCCCGUCAAGCUCCCCGGAUGAAGACGAGUUCGACGAUGCCAUUGAUGGUGAUGAGAUGGACGUCAACGACGACGAGGAGGAAACCGAAGACGAAAACUAGGACUCCCCUAGAAUUUCUAUCUCUUUUACUUUAAUUAUCCUGUUUCUUUUAAUGCUUCCGUUGUACUCUGCUAUUUCCCUUUAUUAAAUAAAAUCAUUUCGUUUAUCUUUUUGUUAAUGUCAAAAGGGGGAAGAAAAGGGCUAUGCAUAU